AUUUAAAUGGCUCCACCGUGCAGAAGAGUACAGUCGCUCGAGCUGUCAUCUAAAAACUCCGUUCUCAUCCUAUUCCUGUUCAUUUAAAAGCGCUCUGCUUCUCCAUAUUUAUUACACUGCACGCGAAUACUCGAUUGUCUCGGAUAUCCAUAAGCUGCGCACGAAAAUGAGCGAGGAGGAAGACACAUUGGGGAAAACUAAACAUGCAUUUGAAGAACUGUGUCGAGAUCUGAAUAUGGAUGAGGAGUCGAGUAACCGAGCCUGGAGGAGUUAUGAAAAUAUCAGCAAGAAUUACACUCUGGAGGGCAGUGAGCUGCACUGGUUGGCGUGUUCUCUGUAUGUUGCGUGUCGCUCAUCAGUGCCCACUAUGAGUAAAGGCACGGCGGAGGGAAACUACGUGUCUCUGACCAGGAUCCUGCGCUCAUCACAGCAGAGCCUGAUUGAGUUCUUCAGUAAGAUGAAGAAGUGGCAGGACAUGGCGAAUCUGCCCAGAGACUUCCAGCAGAGCACAGAGAAACUGGAGAGGAACUUCACCGUCACCUCCGUCAUCUUCAAGAAAUACCUGCCCUUAUUCAGAGACAUCUUCAAGACACCCACGGACGAGUUACCCAGAACACACCGGGGCAGAAAACAGAGACGUCAUCCCUGCACCGUCACUGAGGUCUUCAACUUCUGCUGGAUCCUCUUCAUACACGCUAAAGGAAACUUCCCAAUGAUCAGCGAUGACCUGGUGAACUCGUAUCAUCUGCUGCUCUGUGCUCUGGAUCUGGUUUAUUGUAACGCGCUGCUGUGCUCGAGCCGGAAAGAUCUGCUCAACCCAGCCUUUAAAGGGUUGCCUGAGGACUUCAACAGUAAAGAUUAUAAGCCGGGCCCGGGUUCGUUAUGUUUCAUAGAGCAGCUUUGUGAGCUUCACGAUGGUCUGGUGCUGGAGGCCAAAGGAGCUAAAGAGCAUUUCUGGAAACCCUUCAUUAAGAAAUUGUUUGAGCGAAAGAUUCUGAAAGGAAAGGAGGACACGCUGACAGGAUUUUUGGAGCCAGUGAAUUUCGGUGACAGUCUGGCGUCUCUGAACCGUGUGUAUGAAGAACAUGUCCUGUCAUCCGGUUCUCUGGAUGAGCGAAUAUUUCUGGGAGAUGGAGCUAGAGAAGACAUCGGCACACCAGGACCUUACGAAGGGAUAGAGAACCAGGACAGAGCGAACAACCCACUGCAGAACUCGAUGACGGCGUCUGCCCUCAGAGUGUCCACUCCAUUGACAGGCAGGAGGUACGUGCCGGAGAGCAUUGUGGGGACUCCUGUUUCCAGCGCCAUGCAGAGUGUGGGCCGACUGCACACCCUGCUGACGGGAUUCAAAUACAGGCCCAGCGUCAAACUCAGAGAUAUAUUUAGAUCCUGUGUAAGAGACCCCACAGAGUCAGUAGCAGCCAGACUGAAGGAGAUGUCCGAGAUUUUCCUUCAGAAUUAUGAGGGAACCGGAGACGACAACAAGAGCCUGGCGAGAGAUAUCGCAGUGAAGUAUUUUUGCUUGGCGGAGGCACUUUACUAUAAAUCCCUGGAGGUGAUCAUCAACCAGGAGAAGAAACGUCUUGGAGACGUGGACCUGUCUGGCGUUCUGGAGCAGGAUGUGUUUCACCGCUCGCUGAUCGCCUGCUGUCUGGAGAUCGUCAUCUUCUCCUAUAGACCACCAGGAGAGUUUCCCAGAGUCCUGCAAAUCUUUGACCUCCCCGCUUAUCACUUUUACAAGGUGAUCGAGGUGUUGGUACGAGCUGAGGAGGGUCUUUUCCGGGAGGUGGUCAAACAUCUGAACCAUGUCGAGGAGCAGGUGCUGGAGUCUUUGGCAUGGAAAGGAAACUCCCCGCUGUGGGAGCGAAUCAGAGAGGCCAAAAACUGUGUUCCCACCUGCCAGGAGGUAAUGCCACCUCAACACCUAGAGGACGGUUCAGGAAGCAACGCAAACACCCCAAGCAGCAAGACUGAAUUCAGCGGCAACAUCGCAGCGGGAGCAGGAAAAGGAGUUUCUCCGUCCCCUACAUCUCUCCACGACCGCUACAGUUCUCCCCCUACUGGCACAGCAGUUCGUCGUCUUUUUGUGGAUGGAGACACGACGCCAGAACCUGCUCCACCUGUCAAAGUGGCACCGCCGUCUAUAGUCAGCUCCAUCCCAGCAGGACAGACUGUGGUUACGAUGGCAACAGCUACUGUCACAGCGAACAACGGCCAGACUGUUACCAUACCUGUUCAAGGAAUAGCGAAUGAGAGUGGAGGAAUCACAUUUAUCCCAGUGCAAGUGAGUGUGACGAGUCAGGCUGGAGCGACUCUGCCAACCCUCAGUGCGCAGACUCUGACAGGCACCCUGACCACUCAGCAGCUCACAACAACACCUAUGGGCGCCGUGCAAAACAACCCCAGCCCUCCCAAACAGGACAAAAAGACACCUCAGCAGGGAACACCCACCAAACGGGCCCAGAAAACAGGCUCUCUCUGCCUGUUCUUCCGCAAGGUGUAUCAUCUAGCUAGUGUGCGUCUCAGAGACUUGUGUGCGAAACUGGACAUCAGUGCGGAUCUGCGCAGGAAGAUCUGGACCUGUUUCGAGUAUUCGCUUGUCCACUGCACCGACCUCAUGAUGGACCGACAUCUUGACCAGCUCCUCAUGUGCGCCAUCUACGUCAUGACUAAGGUGACGAAAGAGGACAAGUCGUUCCAGAACAUCAUGAAGUGCUACAGAUCUCAGCCUCAGGCCAGCAGCAGUGUGUACAGAAGUGUGCUGAUCUCUGGGAGAAAGAGACGACACUCUGGAAACACUGAAAACACCCACAGACAGAGCUCACCCACUGAGGGAGCACAAGAACAAGCAAGCGGUGAGAGCAGUCCCGUGUCCAUGCGCUCCAGCAGUACGCUGCCCAUUCCCCAGCCUAGCAGCGCUCCAUCCACCCCGACCCGGGCACCGGGAGGGCCCCAGGAGCAGGAGGAGGAGCGGGGGGACCUCAUCCGCUUCUACAACCACGUCUACAUCAAACAGAUCAAACCCUUCGCUCUGCGCUACUCCAGCAACUCGCCCAAAAAUGGGCAGGCUGAAACUCCUCCGCUCUGUCCGUAUCCGUCGCUGCGCAUCGGCUCUCCACGCCGCGUCCUCCUAUCCCACAAUCACUCCAUCUACAUCUCUCCGCACAAGACCGGCAGCCCCAUAUCUCCACGAGACAAAAUCUUCUACUACGUCAGCUCCAGCCCGUCACACCGGCUCCGAGAGAUCAACACCAUGAUCCGAACCGGAGAGACGCCCACCAAGAAGCGCAGCAUCGCUCUGGAGGAAGAGCAGCAGUCUCCUGCUAAAAGACUGUGUCAGGAGAACCAGACGGCGCUGCUCAGACGCCUGCAGGACGUGGCUAAUGACCGCAGCUCCUCACACUGAUCCAUAAUAAACAAGCGUAUGAGGUCAAAAGUGCUGACCGCGAUACCAUUUGGCACUGUGACUUCACAUCUGAAUGCUGAUCAACGGCUUCUUAAACUCCUCUGAUUGGCUACAAUGAUCAUCGCUUGAGCAGUCUUCACGGAGCACUUACAGAGAUACAUACACUUUCAGUACCAAUUGGUAUCAUGGUCAGUACUUUUGAUAACACAACCUGAUUCUGCAUCUUCUAGAUUUUCAAAAUGGACCUCAAUUCUCCCUUGAAUAAAUUCUGAGCUUAGUUUUUAACAGCAGAUGGCGCUGUAUGCUUUACUAACAGCAGUAUUCUGCUUGCAACCAAUGCAUUACAGAUACCAAUUGAACCUAAAACGAUCAUUAAUAGUUUGGAAAGGUUUAAGCAAAUUAUAAGUGUUUAUAGUGACAUGUGUUUACAUCAAUCUCUCAUGACACAAAAUCUGACUUAUAUCAUUCAGCCGUAGCCACUCUUCCUCGUUUUUUUAAGGAUAUGCUUACACUAGAGCAUUUCAGUAUAUGGGUACAAUCUAACUUACAGCACCAUUUGCCGUUAAUCUCUAGGCUAGAGCGCUGUCUGCUGGUAAAACAUAGCCUAAAGCGCCAUCUGCUUGUAAAACUAGCCUAGAUCACCACCUGCUAUUAAAAACUAGCCUAGAGCACCAUCUGCUGUUUAAAAACUAGCCUAAAGCGCC